AAAUGCAAGAAGCGGAAAAUUCCAUCUUUUUAUUAUGUUUUCGUAGUGAAUCGCCUCCUGGUUUAAAAAACGCGUGUCGAAUGUAUCUACAGAUAAAAGAGGCAUGUCUAUCAACGAAAAUAACAAUAACCUUGAUGCACAAUUUCUCUCACAAUCGUUUACUGAAGGGAGUGAAAGAAUCCCAGGCAGUUCGAUACCUGCAUUCAAGUUCCAGGUGCCAAGAAAAAUAUUGGAAGAACGAGCAAAAUCCUGGGAUAGUCUUUUUGAAAAAUAUUCAAUGGAAAUAACUGAUGCCGUGGAACUGAAUUUGGAAACGUUGAAACCGGAAACCGACCCUAUUAACGAAUAUGUUCCCGAACGUCGCAUCCCAAUGCGAAAUCCGCCAGCAUGCAUCCAAUACUGGGUGGACACGGGAAAACCUCCAUGCAAGGCCUACGCUGACGAAAAUUAUAAUUCUGACUCGGGUUCUUCUCUCUCCGAAUGUGAAGUUUCAGCACCACUUCCAGCUCCAUCUCCUCCUAUGAAAUACACCCUGCCACAUCCACCCCAACCAGCCAAUAUCCCACACGAGAAUAUUCAAGUUCCCUCCGUCAUUUCGAGCAGUUCCGUCAAUACUCGAGAGUACAUCUUAUCUGCCACGCAAUUUACCGCGAAAAAGGCCAAUUUAGCAACGAUGGAGAGUCUCAUGAAUUCAAGAAAAGUGCCCGAUCUGGUCAAUAUCGAAGACACCUACGUAGACGUAUGUGGAACAGACGAGCUUCCCCGAAUCGCUGAAGAAGCUAAUCAAAUCAGCGAUCCUGGUUGUAUAAUCUCGAAAAAUAUAAAAGGCGCAAAUUUCCUGUCGAAUUGCGAGCUGAACGAACUGGAAAGACCACUAAUUCUUGGUGAAAUGUUCAACAAAAAUCUUGCUGACGAAAUUCUGAGAGUAAGCACCGGAAGUUUGAAGAUUGGCGAUGUGAUUCCAAGUCUGCAACGAAUUCGCGAUGGUCCCGAGAACUAUAAUGUCGAUGACCUCUAUGCAGACAAGAUACCUUCUGAAAAGUCGGAGGAUUUAAUUGAAUCUGGGAAAAAUAUGAGUCCUCCUGCAACUCCACCUCCGAAAAUCGUAAAGCAACCCCCGACGAGGGAUUUAAAUCGAAGGAAACUUUUCACGAAUACCAGUUCCCCGAUUGAACUUAUGAAAUCGUCGAGACAGGGAGGUUUUUUUGGCUCAAGACGAUUCUCGUCGAAUACAAAUCUUCAUCCUGCAUUGGCUGAAUUUAACGUGGUUCAGAAUCAAAGCGAGGCGACUACUCUUCGAAGGAAGAAGUCACUUUUCAGGCGGAAGAAGUUGCUGAAAAUUGCCGAAGCUGGGAAGGAGAAGGUGCGAGAGGAUGAGAAUGAGGAAGUUCGGGAAAUCAGAGAGGUUCGUUUGCGACGAAGAGCAGUAUUAGAAUUGGAGAGAGCAUCGAAGAGUUUAAUUUGGAGACACACGCAGCCUGGAAGUGGAAAGAGGAAAAGCAAGAGAGUUUCGUUUAAAGCCGCUUCAAAAAAGGUGAGGAGAGCCAAGGCGACGAAAAUUGCAUCCAUCAAAGCCGCAGUCGAUGAUGAUUUUUUAAAUAAAAACGAUCUGAAACUUCGAGAUCUGGUUGUUUCGUUAGAAAGAUUGCCGGCCGCUGUGCUUGAAAAACUCCUCCAGAAAAAUCAAUUGGAAGCUUCAACUAAAGAGACUUCGGCGGAAGAACCUGCAGACGUUUCAAAAAGGAAUUUCAAUGGAUUUAAUUCUGCGGAUAUUGAUGAAUCUUUGGCGAAAUCUGAACAGAAAGUGAAUAGUUUGGUCGAGUCUGAUGAGGAUGAGGACGAGACUCAAAACCGGAACUUGAGUAAGAGAUCCAGCUCUUUGAAAAAGAGUUUCACGAAACAAAUCAUUUCACUUUCUUCCGAUGAGGAAGAUAUUUUUAAAGUUGCUGAAAUUCCGAAAUUGAAGCUCGGAAAUCAGGAUUCUGGCGACGAAGAGUUGAAAGAAAAUUUGUAUGCGAAUGGCGCAGAAAUAGGAGAGAAAAAUUCAUCAGUGCUGAAAAAUCAAGAGCAUAAUUCUCUGGAAUCUAAGGUUUUGUCUCCUAAAUUGAAAAAUAAAAAGCCGAAUUCACCUCCUAAAUCCAGUAAGAAAAAUGAGAAUAGUGAAGCGCAAACUUCGCAUCUUAAACUAGAUUCCAAACCCGAAAUUCCCAGAAAAUCUAUGAAGAUCGUUUUCACUCUUUCUUCAGACGAAGACGAUGACUUUACAAAAAUAAUCGAAAAGUCCUUCGCGCUCACGAAAUCUGAUAAGAAAAAGCUUAGCAAAACGUGUAAUGACCUUAAACAAAGUAAAAAAAUCCCUUCCAAUCAAGUUCGAAGUAGUUGUGGACCCUUUUCUGGCCAAAAGACUGACGAAAUUUUCGUGAAGCCUCAAUUUGACUCGAGAAGGAAAAAAGUCAAUGACGUAAAGUUAAAUAAUUUAUCUGCUAGGUUUGAGACUGAUACUUUGAAAGUUGGUGACAAUAAUUUGAAAGACGACAACGACGAGAAUGAAAUGACAAAUAAAGACAGGAAUCAGUCUGCGAAUUCGAGUCCUUUUGAAAAUAUGGACACCAGACGAGUCUCGAGACUCGUGCUAGUUUCUUCCGGAGAUUCCAGCGACUCGGAUAAUAAUGCAACACUAUUGAGAAAGAAAAAGAAACGGAAAUUCUCUUCCAAGCGAGAAUCCACUAAUUCAAGAAGAUCCUGGAAAAAUAAUCUUCUUGGCUCUACAAAAGUUGCAAGUAAAAAACCCGCUCUUGAAACUUUGGAGGAAGAACAUUCGGAUGCGAGGGACAAUUCUCAAAAGUUAAUUAAAAAUCGACUGAGACCUUCGAUAAAGUCGGAGAAAAAAAAAUCAGUGUUUUUUGAAAAGGAUUCCAAUUCCGAUUCAGUAUGCGAAUUGUUUGACAAUCUUCCCAAGCCGCAAGUUUCAUGUGAAACGAAACAAGAAUCAAAGGAUAAAAGUCCUUCGAAAGUGAAAAAUUCGCUUAAAAAGUUGCGGAAUAAUUUUCCUAAAUCAAAUCUACAGAUUCGGAAGGAAAUGGCAAAGUCUCUCAAAUCAUUUUCUACGUUUAAUAAUAAAAGGAAGAGGCCUGGAUUUGGUGGAUCGAUUAGUUCGGAUAGUGAAGACAGUCAAAGUGACCUCGAAUUCACAGAAAGACCGCGAGUGAAGAAAAUCGGGACUUUUGAAAAUAGUGAGAAUGUCAUUCGAACUUUGCAUCCAGAGAAAAGAAUCAGGAAGAAGGUUGAAGAAGCGAGUUACGACUGUUCAAUGAAUAUAUUUGGUGACGAUCAAAGUCGAGAUUCUUCACUGAAUAUAUUUGGAUCUUCGAGGGAUUCUUCGGACGAUGAAAGUAUUUUGCAUCUGAACUUCAAGAAUCGUUGUGAAAACUUGAAAGGUAAUCAAAAGUUCGUGAAAAAUGUAGGGCCGGGGAUAAAAUUGCAAACAUUUAGAACAAAGUCGUAUUGGGAAUCGGAUUCGGAUUAGUUUAGGAUUUUUUUUUAAUAUUAAAUCGCUUUUCAAGUAAUUCGGAAAGUAGUGUAAAUACUGUCGAGUUUAGAAGUGGGUUAUUUCUUUGAUGACAGAUAAACUUAUUUUUGUUCUGAUGAAACAGUGUUUAGAAUAAAUCCAAAUACAUUUUUGCGGUGCAUUUUGAAGUUUCAGGGAAACUAAGAAUGAAUAAAAAAUUAGUUUAUUUAAAAUGUACUUCUGUUCAUCAAAUUUAUGUAUUGAGAUGCCUAUUUCUAUGAUAAACUUAAUUUAAUGGGCUCGGAUCGUGCGAUUUUUUCGGCUUUUUCCAACUUUUUUUGUAAAUAUAUGAAUUUUUGAAGAAAAAUAGGACAAAUUGAAGAUUUUCCCCGUUGUUCUCUGAAAUUCGCUAUAUUUAGUUUCAAUUUCAAUCACAAUUAAAUUUGUGAGAUGAAAAUUCAAAAGUGGAAAUGAAAAUUGUAUUUUUAUUUUUGUAAAUUCGUAUUCAAAGUCUUAAUUUUUUCAAAUUGCAAGUCUAAAGUGUUGGACAUUUUCAAGUCGAAAACGUUUGAAAUCGAUUCGUUUCAAAUUUAAUAACAGUUUUUACACUCUUUCCCUUUUUCCUCUUUUUAUAAGGAGAAUAAAACGAAUUGAAUUAAUGGAACUCAAUAAGAAAAUUCAGCUAUUUUUGGUUGAAAGUUUUUUUUUUUUGUU